AUGUCUGCUUCCGCCGUCCAAUUUCUCAUAUUCUCCGUUUUUCUCUUUCUAUCUCUGUCCUUUGCCCAGACGUCAUUCCGGCCUGAUGCACUGGUGGUUCCGGUUAGAAAAGACUCCGCCACCAACCAAUAUGUCACUCGCAUCAACCAGAGGACUCCGUUAGUGGCGGAAAACCUGGUGGUCGAUCUCGGCGGGCGGUUUUUGUGGGUGGACUGUGAUAAUAACUAUGUCUCCUCCACGUACCAGCCAGCUAGGUGUAGGUCGGCCCAAUGCUCGUUAGCUGGAGCAAACGGAUGUGGGGACUGCUUCAGUUCGCCUAGACCAGGAUGCAAUAAUAACACAUGUGGUGUGUCCCCUGACAACCCUAUUACUAGGACAGCCACCGGUGGUGAGUUAGCCACAGACCUAGUUCAGGUCCUGUCAACUGACGGGUCGAAUCCUGGUCGACCCGUUAAUGUUUCUCGGUUUUUGUUUUCUUGUGCACCCACGUUCUUGCUACAAGGACUUGCUAAUGGUGUAUCUGGAAUGGCCGGUCUGGGUCGGACCCGGAUCGGGCUUCCGACUCAGCUAGCUGCAGCUUUCAGCUUUGACCGAAAGUUCGCCAUUUGUUUGUCAUCAUCGACUUCCUCGGACGGUGUUAUUUUCUUCGGUGACGGACCGUACAGAUUCCUUCCAAAUAUCGAUGCUUCACAAUCACUUACAAACACCCGACUUUUUAUCAAUCCAGUGAGCACGGCUUCAUCUUCUACUCAAGGCGAGCCUUCAGCUGAAUACUUUAUAGGAGUGACUUCGAUUAGAGUCGACAAUAAAUCCAUACCGUUGAACACUUCAUUGUUGUCGAUCGACAAUGAAGGCAAUGGUGGGACCAAGAUCAGCACUGUGAAUCCUUACACAGUGCUCGAGGCCUCAAUCUACAAUGCUCUAACUGCAGCCUACGUCAGAGAGGCUACAGCUAGAAACAUCAGCAGGGUUACAUCUGUAGCACCAUUCGACGUGUGUUUCAGCACGACGAAUGUGCUAAGCACUCGUGUGGGGCCUGCAGUCCCAUCAAUUGAGUUAGUCCUCGAGAAUGAGAAUGUUGUUUGGAUGAUUACGGGAUCAAACUCUAUGGUGCAAGUUAAUAAUAACGUAUUAUGUCUUGGAAUCGUGAAUGGUGGAUCAAACCCGAGGACUUCGGUUGUGAUAGGAGGGUUACAACUGGAAAACAAUCUUCUUCAGUUCGAUCUUGCUACUUCAAACCUAAGGUUCAGCUCGACUCUCUUGGGCAGGCAAACUACUUGCGCCAACUUCAACUUUACGUCUAGUGCUUAA